AUGGAUUCUUCGAACUCAAAUUCUACCCAAGCAAAUAGCACUAGUGCCACUUCUUCAAAAACUAGGGAGGAAGAAUUUAAUCCUCUGUGGAGAUAUGUAACUAAACUAGAGAAAACUGGAGAAGGAGGGGGUAAUUGUAAAUGGAUAUGCAAUUUUUGUGGACAAGAAAAGCAAGGGACUUAUACUAGAGAGGAUGAGGCAACAAACAAAAUUACCUAUUCACAAUCUAGGCGAGUUUCUUUGCCUAUUAGUAUAACUUCUGUUCCUUCAUUGAAUAUAACUGAACCAAGUAUUUCAGCAGCUUUGAAGAAAAGAAGAGUUAAUGAUUCUCCUCUUGGUAGAGCUUUUGACUUGCAAACUAGAGCUCAAUUAGAUGCAGAGAUUGCUAGAAUGUUCUACACUGGGGGUCUACCUUUUAAUUUUGCUAGAAAUCCUUAUUAUGUGAGUUCUUAUUCUUUUGCUGCUAAUCAUGUUUUGGGUGGUUAUGUGCCGCCUGAAAAGGGUGUUAAUAUUGUGAGUGAUGGAUGGAGUGAUCCUCAGAGGAGGCCUUUGAUUAAUUUUAUGGUUGUUUCUGAGUCUAGCCCCAUGUUUAUCAAAUCUAUAGAUUGUUCUGGUGAAGCGAAAGAUAAGCAAUUUAUUGCUAAUUUGCUAAAAGAAGUAAUUGAUGAGGUGGGUCAUCAAAAAGUGGUACAAGUCAUUACUAAUAAUGCUUCAAAUUGUAAAGGUGCUGGAGAAAUCAUUGAGGGAAUGUUUCCACAUAUUUAUUGGACUCCUUGUGUUGUGCACACUCUUAAUCUUGCUUUGAAGAAUAUAUGUGCAGCAAAAAAUUUGGAAACUAAUCAAGAAACUUAUGAUGUGUGUCACUGGAUCAUUGAAAUCCAUGGGGAUGCUUUGCAAAUCAAGAAUUUUAUAAUGAAUCAUUCCAUGAGGCUUGCAAUUUAUAAUCGGUUUAGCCCUUUGAAAUUGCUUUCAAUUGCUGACACUCGUUUUGCUUUUAUUGUUGUGAUGCUUAAAAGAUUUAAACUUAUUAGGCGUGCUUUAGAAGCAAUGGUUAUGAGUUAUCAAUGGGCACAAUACCGAGAAGAUGACCAAGGCAAAGCUAGAUUUGUUCGUGAUAAAGUGGUAGAUGAGGAUUGGUGGGAAAAGGUUGAUUACAUCAUUGCUUUUACUGGGCCCAUUUAUAACAUGAUCAGAGUUUGUGACACAGACAAACCAUGCCUUCAUUUGGUUUAUGAGUUGUGGGAUUCUAUGAUUGAAAAGAUGAAGGAGAAGGUAGAGUACCUCCGCAAAUGGAUGGAGAAGUAUCAACUGAGAGAAUUAAAUGCUUUAGGAGGAUUUUUUUCUAAUGAAGAUGAGCGAAUUAGAGCAAAUGAUGAAUUUGCAAAUUUUUCUUUGAAAAGUGGACCUUUUGCUGAUCCUGAUUCUAUUGGAAGUAUGUAUGUUAUAGAUCCUAGGAAAUGGUGGGCAUGUUUUGGUUCUAAUACACCUUUACUUCAAAGAAGGAAUAAAUUAACUCCAAAACGUGCAGAGGAUUUGGUUUUUAUCCAUAAUAAUCUUCGUCUUCUGUCGAGAAACUCCUCCCAAUAUUAUAAUGAGAAGACAAAAUUGUGGGAUGUUGGUGGUGAUCAAUUUGGAAGUAUGGAAGAUGUGGGAGUUCUUGAAUUUGCCAACCUUUCAUUGGAUGAACCAGAGUUAGAGUCUGGUUUUUUUUUAUGA